ACGAAAAGGAAGAUUUGUCUUGCGAGACUGGUGAUGUUGAUCCCUGUGGACAAUCAGCACUACUAGUUUGUCAAACAAAUUCAAUGCAAAUGAGAAUGGACACAAGCUUGCGCAGGAUUGAAGUUUCAUCGGAACCAGGGAAAAUCUAUUUCCUGAGAGUAACCUGGGAAGAGGAUCUUGGGUCAGGUUUCAGUGUGGAUUUGUGUGAUGGACAGUCAGUUUGGCGUGGGAAAGUGUCUGAAGAAGAGGUUUCAAAAGAAGCCCAAGAAAUGGAAAUGAAGAGAGACAUUUAUGUUGAUGAGCUCUGUCAGGCUCUGACUGCUGGAGGAAAGCAAACUAACAACUACAGUUUUGAUCUCUCCAAAGAUCCUGCAGACAGCCACACCCUGCAUUUCUCUUAUGAGAAAGUCCUGAAAGACGUAUUUUUCAAACUUGGAUCCGCUGAGCUGCAUACCAUCUCAAAGCCCAUUGAAGUCAUUAAAGAGCUGAUUAACCACGGACUCGACCGCAGCAGCGAGCUACGGGCCAGGAAUGAACACCUGCUGGGAGAGAACGAGAGGCUGGGACGAGAACGAGACUACGUUACUGAAGAGUUAAAGAAAUACGUCCAGGCCAAGGAGGUUCUGGAGCAGGAUCUGUACACUCGCUUUGUCCUGGUCCUCAAUGAGAAAAAGGCCAAGAUAAGAAAUUUGCAGGAGAAGUUGAAACAAGCACAAGAAGAGGUGGAGUCGGAACUGCAGCACAGAGGUGACACAUCUACUGUUGAGAGCAAAGCGCCAGCAGAGCAAGAUUAUGAGGGAAGCACAGAUGAAGAAAGCAUAGAGAAUGAGAAUCCCAGACCUUCAACAUCAGCCAGAGUUAAACGUGGCCACACCCCCCUCGAUGACAGUUUACAUGAUGUCACUGACGUAGCACCCACCCGCAAACGCCGACAACGAAACCAAAGAGGUGAAAAGGAUGCUGGGAAAGAAACCCAAGAGCCACAGGAAAAAGGAAGGUUGGGAUCCACCCAGCAGAAAUCAAGUGGCAGCAAUCAGCCCCCAAAGGAAUUUGCAGCCGCAGCCAGGAGCACCCCAGACCCAGAAGACCUCUUUGAUGACAUCUAGCCCACAGUGCCUGUGGCACAAUCUCACGGUGCCAGAUUGUUUUGUAGUAAAGUAUAUACAUGUUGUAGGUCUUUUUUUUUUAUAUGAUCGUUGAAUAACUAUUA